GAGCAUGUAACGUUUUGUGUCUUCUGGCUUGUGAAGUGACGUGUGCACAAAACCUGGUCAAUGGUAGCGAAAAACACCUAGCACCCCUAGUUGGAUGCUACCGUACCGCUACAUAUUUUUAUAUUGUACUGUUUAGAUAUUAUAAAUAUAUUUAUCACCAACUCGUAGUAAGUUACGGCGAACUAGAAGCAAAAUGUCAGCAAGUGCGGUUUACGUGUUAGACCUCAAAGGCAAGGUUCUGGUUUGCCGUAACUACAGAGGAGAUGUGGACAUGUCAGAGAUUGAGCACUUUAUGCCCAUCCUUAUGGACAGAGAGGAGGAGGGUAACUUAUCCCCUAUCCUGGCCCACGGAGGUGUCCGCUUCAUGUGGAUCAAACACAACAACCUGUACCUUGUAGCAACGUCUAAGAAAAAUGCUUGUGUCUCAUUGGUCUUCUCUUUCCUCUACAAAAUUAUUCAGGUUUUCUCAGAGUAUUUUAAGGAGUUGGAAGAGGAGAGUAUCAGAGAUAACUUUGUCAUCAUCUAUGAGUUGAUGGAUGAGUUGAUGGACUUUGGCUACCCCCAGACCACUGACAGCAAGAUCCUUCAAGAGUACAUCACCCAAGAGGGGCACAAGCUAGACACGGGGGGUCCGCGCCCCCCUGCAACCGUCACCAAUGCAGUGUCCUGGAGGUCAGAGGGCAUCAAGUACAGGAAGAACGAAGUCUUCCUGGACGUCAUUGAGUCUGUUAAUCUUCUGGUCAGUGCGAAUGGUAACGUGCUGCGCAGUGAGAUCGUGGGCUCCAUCAAGAUGCGGGUGUUCCUGUCAGGGAUGCCCGAGCUGCGUCUGGGGCUCAAUGACAAAGUUCUCUUUGAGAACACUGGCCGAGGGAAGAGUAAAUCAGUGGAGCUGGAGGACACCAAAUUCCACCAGUGUGUGCGUCUGUCUCGCUUUGAGAAUGACCGCACCAUUUCUUUCAUUCCUCCCGAUGGAGAGUUUGAGCUCAUGUCCUACCGCCUCAACACACACGUGAAGCCCCUGAUCUGGAUAGAGUCGGUGAUAGAGAAACACUCCCACAGCAGGAUCGAGUACAUGAUCAAGGCUAAGAGUCAGUUCAAGAGGCGGUCCACAGCCAACAAUGUGGAGAUUCACAUUCCAGUUCCCACAGACGCCGACUCGCCCAAGUUCAAGACCACGGUGGGCAGUGUCAAGUGGAUCCCAGAGAACAGCGAGGUUGUCUGGUCCAUUAAGUCAUUCCCGGGGGGUAAGGAGUAUCUGAUGAGGGCCCACUUCGGUCUGCCCAGUGUGGAAGCAGAGGACAAGGAGGGGAAGCCCCCCAUCAGUGUCAAGUUUGAGAUCCCCUACUUCACUACUUCUGGCAUCCAGAUUACCAGCUCCGAACCCAAUAGAAACUGCAGCAGGAAAGGGAAAGGCCCAUAUUUCUAUGGAUGGAACAUUGUUGGUCACGGAUAUGUAAUUACUUUUAGUCCUUUGUCAUGGACAUUUGUUGUCAAUUGACUUAAUUUGUUUUCUUUUCAAGUUUGAAGUUUUUUUCAUGUUUAGUGCCAUAAUACAGAAAUUAUAUUCCUCUGAAAAUUCUAAAUAUACGUUUUUAUUUGGUUACAGUUGUGCUCUAAAAGUAGUGAGAUGUAUGAUAUUUCUAUAGUAGGUCAGUUGCAAAUAAUGAAUACAAUUGUUGAUACUCUACUUACCUCUUUUCCAUCUAAAUCACCUGCUUGCAAUGUGGUCAUAUAUUUUAAAGGUCAAUUUCAGGUGUUACAAGUUGAGUGUGACCAACGAACCAGUGAAGUGUUAUAAGAAGUUUAAUGUGAAUUGACACACAGCGUUCUUGAUUUGUCGGUUUUCCUGAUUACUUAGUGAUAGCCUGAUGCAAGGCUGAAAAAGAUCGUCAAUAUAUUGUCUGGUCCGGAGUCAUCGGACAUCAGUCUGUAUGGCUGUUAUGAUGAGAAUGAGGUGCAUUGGUACAUUUGUGCAGAUCGAAAUGAGCACUUAAAAUGGUCAAACUAUAAUAAAAUAUUUGCCACAAGUUUUUAUUGCAGUUCCUUUAGGCCACCAUUACCUCUGUGAAUAAUCAAAUCCUAAAUGUUUAUUGGGAUGUAUUAAGUUCAUAAUUAGCUGUUGAUACAUUUUUAUAUUUUUCUCAUUUUCAUCUCUUGAUUUAUCCUCACAUUAUUCAGUGGAAUACAACAUGCUCAAUGGAAGGCAACAUUUUUAUAAACCGUUCUGAAUGAAGCUAGCUAUUAAAAGGUAUUGUACAUUGCUAGCAGAUCUUUUAGGUGACUUGUUAACAGUUGACUGCCAUGGUUGCUUCAAUAAGUUCUCAAACUAGGCCAAAAGCUUUAAAUCGCAAAUUUGCAAAAACAUCCCUAUAGUGAUACCACCAUCAGAUAUUUUCUCCCUCGUAAAAUAAAAAUGUUAUGGUCUUGUUUGCUGUAAACUGAUGUCUAUGUCCAAAUCAGAGACAACAGUCCGAGUGGUUGUGAGUUUGAGGUUUCUCGCUUUCUUGUCAAUUCAUUUUGAUCACAACACCGUUGUGGCCAGAGCUUUUGCAUAUGCAGAAAAUGUCAUCGAUUUUGACACUUUUUUUUUACACCUUUAGUAAACACAUCCAAUUGAUCUUUUAAAAUGGUUUUGUUGUACUUCAUCAUCCAACCAAACUUUUGCUUACGUUAUACUUAUGACACAAGGAACCCUUCAAUCAGUUACAAUUUAGGAAACCUCUUUUAGCAGUGGUAUUGACUUGCCUAUAUUAUCCAUAUCUUUAAAAUCAAGCGUCUAUAAAGGUUAUCAAAGAGCUUGACUGUUUCCUUUUGUAUUAAACUAUUUUCAACUUAAUUGCAGGCUUUCUACUGCAUUGUUGUCUGCAGCAUGUUUAGGCAACAUUUGAAUACUUAAAAAAUGCAUCCAUCCUUUGAAGUAAUCACUUAUCUGACUUGACUGCAUCUGUGAUUGCGAAAUAGUGACACCCCUGCUUUCACCUAGCCAAACGUGUUCGAUCAAUGAUUAAUUUCAAGAAAGUGUUGGAGGAAGGAUGCAUUUGUGUUACAUCACAACCCUGAGGAGAGUAGAAAGUGAAGUGUCAGUGAGUCUAGAUGCUGUGUUGCGUGCAUUCCUCAUGCUCCGGCUCCAGAUCAGAAUGGUGCAUCUCCCUGCAGACAACUGGGGUGUGAAUAGCAUGCAGGCCUGUGAGUCUCUUUCUCGCUCUCUAAAACAAAUCUGUCUGCCAUUGUACCAGUUAAUGAGCUUUAGAUCAUAAUGGUGAUACAAAGACUAGUUCUGCAUAGCUGGUCUGCCCUUUACACAACAGAAGUGUGUCUCCUUGAGGAUAUGUCUCCUCAGAUAUGCAUAUACAAGGCGGGCGUGUGGACAAAUAAGACAAAAUUGGCCUUCUGGAAACAAAGGUUCAAACUUCAGAACAUGAACUGGAUUAGCUAGAAAAGCGACAGAAUAGUGAGAAUAUUCUCCCUACCGGAAGAUGGGGGGGGGGGACAAAUCAAGUUGAUAUCAGAGGAGCUUGAAGUGGAUGUAUCACUGGAGGAUCUGGAGUCAUGCCAUCAGAUCGGCAUGAAGCAGAAGAACGCUAAAUACCCUCGCAUGAUCAUAUGUAAACUGGAAUUCUCAGUCAACUUUCUUGAUGGCACGGGGGAAAGGAGAUCAGGGUCCAGGUGGGAAAGGGAAGUGUGGAGUGCAAUAGAGAUGGUAUCAUCUGUGGAUCUGUUGGUGCGGUUUGAAAAUUGGAGUAUGUCUAGUGUUUCUUGGAUAAUGGUGUUGCUCGGAGCCAUGACCAGCCUUUCGAAGCAUUUCAAGGCUACAGACGUGAGUGCUACGAGUCAGUAGUCAUUUAGGCAGGUUACCUUAGUGUUCUUGGGCACAGGGACUAUGGCGGUCUGCUUGAAACAUGUUGGUAUUACAGACUUGGGCAGGGAGAGGUUGAAGAUGUCAGAGAAGACACUUGCCAGUUGGUCAGUGCAUGCUCUGAGUACACGUCCUGGUUAUCUGUCUGGCCUUGUGAAUGUUGUUUAAUGGUCUUGCAUCGGCUACGGAAAGCGUGAUCACACAGUCGUCCAGAACUGUUGAUGAUCUCAUGCAUGUUUCAGUGUUACUUGCCUCGAAGUGAGCAUAAGUAAUUUAGCUCGUCUGGUAGGCUCGUGUCACUGGGCAGCUCUCGGAUGUGCUUCCCUUUUGUAAUCUAUAAUAGUUUGCAAGCCCUGCAACAUCCAACGAGCGUCGGAGCCGAUGUAGCGUGAUUCGAUCUUAGUCCUGUAUUGACGCUUUGCCUGUUUGAUGGUUCAUCGGAGGGCAUAGCAGUUUUUCAUAUAACCUUCUGGGUUAGAGUCCCACACCUUGAAAGCGGCAGCUCAACCCUUUAGCUCAGUUGCAUGUAAUCCAUGGCUUCUGGUUGGGGUAUGUAUGUACAGUCACUGUGGGGACGACAUCCUCAAUACACUUAUUGAUAAAGCCAGUGACUGUUGUGUACUCCUAGUAAAACAGUCCUGUAGUUUAGCAUCUGCUUCAUCUGACCACUUUUUUAAAGCUUCCUGCUUUAAUUAUCGCUCGUAAGCAGGAAUCAGGAGGAUAGAGUUAUGGUCAGAUUUGCCAAAUGCAGGGUGAGGGAGAACUUUGUAUGCGUGGGUCUCUGCGUGUGGAGCAGAGGUAGUCUAGAAUUUCAAAUCAAGUUUUAUUUGUCACAUACACAUGGUUAGCAGAUGUUAAUGUGAGUGUAGCGAAAUGCUUGUGCUUCUAGUUCCGACCAUGCAGUUUUAUUUAACAAGUAUACACACAAGUGUAAAGGAAUGAAUAAGAAUAUGUACAUAAAUAUUGAAUGAGUUAUGGCCAAACGGCAUAGGCAAAAUACAGUAGAGGGUAGAGUACAGUAUAUACAUAUGAGAUGAGUAAUGUAGGGUAUGUAAACAUUAUAUAAAGUGGCAUUGUUUAAAGUGGCUAGUGAUACAUUUCUUACAUACAUUUUUCCAUUAUUAAAGUGGCUGGAGGUGAGUCUGUUGGCAGCAGCCACUCAAUGUUAGUGAUGUUGUUUUUACCUCUGGUUGCACAUUUCACAUGUUGAUAGAAAUUUGGUAAAACUGAUUUAACCUCUAGUGACACCCCAUCCCGUGAACGGGACCGUUGUCAUCAUCUGACACUAAUUAGCAUAACGCAACGGACAUAAAUCUUCCUAGAAAAUAUUUCUAUUCAUGAAAAUCACAAGUGAAAUAUAUUGGAACACAGCUGUGACGACCCUCCCACUCUGUCUGCCGUAUUCUGUCUUUGUUCUUGUUUCCUUAUUAGGAUGCCGGUGGGCGGAGUUGGGGAGGGUCGUCAGCUACAUGGGAAACACCUGGGCCAGGUGUGUCGCAGGAUAAAUAGACCUCUUCCACAUUCAUGGAGACUCUCUCCAUGCAGACACCUUUGUAGAUUGCGUUGUGGUUCUUGGUGGCUUUUUGUUUGUUUGCAUUGGCACCUUUCAACACCCUGCAUUAUCACAUUCAUGCAUGCAAAACACUCACUUACACUACUGAUUACUGAUUACACACACCAUUGUAUAUUUUCCUUAGUUGCUUUAGUUAAUAAAUAUAUAUUUUGUUACUCCUUA